GACUCGAGCUUUUCGUGUUUUGCUUCUAUCAGCUUGCACGAACCACUUCAAAUAGCUAUCUUAUUCCUCGUCUUCUUCGCUAUAAGUCCGGUCUAUACCUCAAUUUCCUGAGAUCUUUCAGCUAAAACGCAUACAUACGACACAUAAUGGCCGACAAAGCUGCUGCUAAGGAGAAGUUCGUCUCUUUCUUUGAUAAAAUUGCUGAAGAGCUUCUGGGCGAGCUUCAGAAGUUCAACAUUUCCGAUGAGGCCGUUGCCUGGUUCAAGAAGAACCUCUACUACAACUCCGUCGGUGGUAAACUAAACCGCGGUCUCUCCGUCAUCGACACCUACCAGAUCUUGACUGGCAAGACCGAGUUGACUGACGAGGAGUACAACAAGGCCGCCGUUCUCGGCUGGUGCAUUGAGCUGCUGCAAGCUUACUUCUUGGUCGCUGAUGACAUUAUGGAUGCCUCAAAGACCAGACGUGGCCAGCCGUGCUGGUACUUGGCCCCCAAGGUUGGCAUGAUUGCCAUCAACGAUGCCUUCAUGCUCGAGGCCUCUAUCUAUCUUUUGCUGAAGAAGCACUUCCGCAGCGAGAAGUACUACAUCGACCUUUUCGAGCUCUUCCAGACCGUGACCUUCCAAACCGAGCUGGGACAGCUCCUCGACCUCAUCACCGCUCCCGAAGAUGAAGUCGACCUCAGCAAAUUCUCGCUUGCGAAGCACUCCUUCAUCGUCAUCUACAAGACUGCCUACUACAGCUUCUACCUCCCUGUCGCUCUUGCCAUGCACAUGGCCGGCGUCGACAGCGCCGAGGAUCUCAAGCAGGCUCAUGAUGUUCUGAUUCCUCUUGGCGAGUACUUCCAGAUCCAGGAUGACUACCUUGACUGCUACGGUGACCCCGCUUUCAUCGGUAAGAUUGGUACCGAUAUCCUGGACAACAAGUGCAGCUGGCUCGUCAACACCGCUCUGAACAAAGCCACCCCCGAGCAGCGCAAGGUUCUUGACGAAAAUUACGGCCAAAAGAACAGCGAGUGCGAAGCGAAGGUCAAGGCUCUGUACAAGGAGAUGGACCUCGAGAAGGACUACCUUACCUACGAAGAAGAAGUUGUUGGAAAGAUCAAGACCCUGAUUGAGAACGUCGACGAAAGCCGAGGAUUCAAGAAAGCCGUGUUGACUGCUUUCCUUGCCAAGAUCUACAAGCGCCAGAAGUAGAAAGUUACUGCUUUACGGUAACGUGUACGUUAGUAUAAGAUGGAGACUAUGCUUUGGUUUUGCUGGCUAUUCGCUUGAUGCUAAGGCUAGUCCAGCACAGUCGUAAUAAGUAGUAUGUCGUAAUAUAUAGUUCCAAAUAAUAGAAACAUUUUGCUUAUCAACAAUAUAACUGGACGCGGGGAAUGAACUCGCAGCACUCGCUGAUGUUCUGCUGUCAUGCAUGCAUGCAGAAAGGUCAACGACAUGAUUGACUGAACAAG